AUGUCGAAGACAGACCAAGAAGCCGAAAAGCAAGAGCCUCAUUUCAGAGCAACUUUGGAUCCUGUUGAAGAAGUCGACGCUACUGUCGACCCAUUCUCUGCUCAAGCAGAACACAAAGAAGGUGCGGUCAAUUUCCGCAACAUGGGCUGGAUCAGUGCAGGUUUAUUGAUUACUUGUGAGCAAGUCGCUCUUGGUAUCCUUUCAUUCCCAUCAAACUUCCACAAAAUGGGUAUGUUCGGUGGUGUUUUCACUACCUUCUUCCUCGGGAUGUUGUGCUGGUUGACUGGUAUCUGGCUGGUUGAGUUCAAGAAGAAGUAUCCUGGUUGUAUGAACUACGGUGAUGCUGGUAGAAUUAUGUUUGGUGAAGUUGGUGGAAUCAUAUUUGGAUAUGGUCUCGUUUUGAAGUCCGUUUUCAUGGCAGCUAGCCACGUCCUCUCCGGUGGUAUCGCAUUUAGAAAGAUGAUUGGCAACAACGACCUCGUUUGCAGUAUCGUAUGGACAGUCGUUAUGGCGGUUGUCUCCUUCCUCAUGUCGCUAUCGCGUAGAUUGGAGAAAUUGACCUUCCUCUCAAUUGCAUCUGUUACCGCAAUUCUCACUGCCUCCUUCAUCACUAUUAUCGCAACUGGUGUCCAAGACGAUAGCAGACUUGUCUCACCAGGUGAUGAGCCCAUCCAUUGGUACGCUUUCGAAAACCAUGGUCUUAUCGGUACUAUUAGCGCUCUCACAAACAUCAUUUUCGGUUGGGGUGGUCAAGCAAUCGUCCUCACUGUCGUCAGUGAAAUGAAGAGACCAGACGACUUCAAGAAGAGUUUGGGUAUCGUCCAAGUCCUCUCUAUCACCUUCUACACCAUAGUAGGCGCUACAAUCUACUCAUUCGGUGGUCAAUAUGUUACAUCACCUUCUCUCACCAUGACAGCUCGUCCUGUCAUGAUUACGGCCUAUGCCAUCGCCCUUAUUUCAAUUUUCGUCGCCGGUGUUGUCCCAGUUGCUGCCGGUGCCAAGCUUGUCUACGUCCAGGCUUUCAGACACUCUGAGCGUCUCACUGAAAAGUCGUGGAGGAUGCGUUUCGCCUGGAUGGGUAUUGUCGGUUCAUUCUGGAUAUUUGGAUGGGUCAUUGCAAACCUCAUUCCAUUCUUCAGUGAAAUGCUUUCUAUCAUCAGCUCAAUCUUCAGUGUUUGGUUCGCUCUCGGUUUGCCAGGUGUCUGUAUUCUUCACCUUUAUCGCACCAGCGAGCCUUCCUGGAAGCACGUAUUCACAUUGAAGCGCUCACCAUUCAUCGCACUCGCAUGUCUCUGCAUCGCCUUCAGUGCGGUCAUCACCCCGCUCGGCAUCUACUCAGCAGUUGAGAAUAUCAAGGCUGGUUAUGAAAAUGGCACAUUCGACCAUCCAUUCUCUUGCGCAGUAUAG